GCUUUUUUAGCGUUUACCACGCUGUUCGCUAGCUGACUGACGCUAGCAUUUAGCUCCCACGACACCUAGCACAACACCUCGUUAAACCAAGCCAGCAGCUGAUAUCAAACAAUCAGUCCUUUAAUAUCAAUAUCCUUUAAAUGUCAGACAUUACAUUUGACAUACGAGGAUUAGUGGAAAUAUAAAAGGCCGUGCCUGUUUUAAAUAUUGUCUAAUCAAACAAUGAGUUGGCAGCACUAACCUUAGAUAUCGUUUGGAAACCCCUUGUUUUUUUCCAUGGGUGAUAUGAGGUUUUCAGAGAGAUUUUUGACAAAUAACAAGCCAUGGAGCAGUACACCACUGCCACCACUUCUAAUGGGGAGCAAAUAGUUGUGCAGACUUCCAAUGGACAGAUCCAACAGCAGACACAGGGCACAGUGACGGCUGUGCAGCUGCAGACAGAGGCGCCAGUGGUGACGGCCUCAGGCCAGCAGGUGCAAACACUCCAGGUAGUCCAGGGACAGCCUCUGAUGGUCCAGGUGAGCGGCGGGCAGCUCAUCACAUCAUCAGGGCAACCCAUAAUGGUGCAGGCCAUGUCGGGGGGACAGGGUCAAACCAUAAUGCAGGUCCCUGUGUCUGGAGCUCAGGGGUUACAGCAGAUCCAGCUGGUGCAGCCGGGUCAGAUCCAGCUGCAGGGCGGUCAGACCAUCCAGCUGCAGGGCCAGCAGGGUCAGCCCCAGCAGAUCAUCAUCCAGCAGCCCCAGCAAGCCACCAUUGCUGGACAGAACCAGGGGCAGCAGAUCAGCGUGCAGGGCCAACAGGUGGCACAGACGGCCGACGGACAGACCAUCGUCUAUCAGCCUGUCAAUGCAGAUGGCACUGUCCUGCAGCAGGGAAUGAUCACAAUUCCAGCUUCCAGUUUGGCCGGCGCCCAGAUUGUGCAGGCAGGCGGUGCCAACACAAACACUACUAACAGCGGCCAAGGCACUGUGACCGUAACCCUGCCUGGUAACAUGGUCAAUUCAGGUGGAAUGGUCAUGGUAAGACCCGGUGCAGAGAUGGUGCCUGGCGGUGGUGCAGUUCCUACAAUGCAGCGUAUCCCCCUGCCAGGGGCCGAGAUGCUGGAGGAGGAACCUCUCUACGUCAAUGCCAAACAGUACCACCGCAUCCUGAAGAGAAGACAGGCUAGAGCCAAGCUCGAGGCUGAGGGCAAGAUCCCCAAAGAAAGGAGGCAAAAGUACCUUCACGAGUCUCGCCACCGCCACGCCAUGCAGCGCAAGCGAGGCGAUGGAGGACGUUUCUUUUCACCUAAGGACAAGGAGGAAAUGGCUUUGGCUCUGGCACAGCAACAGCAGGAAGCGGCCCAGGCAGCAGGAGAGGAGACGGUGGCUCAGAUGAUCCGAGUCUCAUAGCACCGCCGCAACACUUCUGCCUGUGAACUCUGCGCUGCCUGAAACUCUUCAUCCCAGCUAACCUGAUCUGCCGCACCUUCUUCCCUCACUUUUACUCUCUCCUGCCUGAUUGUCAUAUGCCAAACGCCAGCGCCACCACUAGAUCUCUUCUGAUAUCUCUCCCUUCCUACACUGGUCUUCCAGGCAGUUGACUGUGUGGCUGCUUCUCUGAAAGGGAGGGUCCUUUCCUUCUCCGCCUAUCUGGUUAAGUGUUUAUAAACAGGUUUUCAUUUUCAUAAGGAUUUGUUCAGAUUACUGAAAAUGGAAGUUAUGGGUAACUAGGGCUAAUCACACUUCAAAUAACCUCUGUGAAGCCUUGUCGGACCCCGUUAACAAAAUCCAAUUUGCUACCAGUGAAUAAUUAUUGCUUUUUAAUAUUUUUUGUAAAUGGUACAGAUUUAUUUUCAGAGACACUCAUUAAGCAUGGAUUUAACCUUUUAUGUGAUGCCAUAUAUUUCCCUUUUUUUUCAACCCAUUUACGGUGGGGACGGACUCAGCAUCAUAAGUCCAACCUGUGUCCACUGAGCAGAAAAUGAAAAGAGAACUAAUGUGAACAUAUUGUACAGAAAUUUGUUUCCCCCCCUCCGUGUGUAUCUGGUGUACUAAUUAGUUUUCCCAUUUCUGUGGAUGCAUUUUAGACAGUGUCUGUAGAAACACAAUGACUAAAUGUUUAAUUACAUUACACAUAAUAUCCAUGUAGUUACUUCCUUAUUGUUCUCAGUUGUUUUUUUUCAUUGUAGAUAAUAGAUUUUUUUUACCCAUCAAAUGCAGUACUGCAAUGUUUUGUUCUUUUUAUAAUGGAAAAAAGGGUAAAAGAUUCAUGAAACCUAUGUCCAUUAAGUGACUCAAGGUUGUUUGUGGUUACUUCUUCAAUCCCAGUUUUGGCUAGUUAAGAAAUCCUUUGAAUUAUAUCCAUUGGCAUGCUGUAAAAGUUGUAGUUCAAUAUUUUGCUUUUGGGUAGUUUAAUCAACAUAAUAUAUAUCAUUUUUAGAAAUAGAGUGUGCUAGAAUUACGAAGUAGCCAGAAAUAUAAAUGCUCAAGUUAAGUACAAGUACUCCAAACUAGUUUUAAGUACAGCACUGAUAAAUAUUUAAUUGAUAUUCUGAUUUAUUUAGACUACACCAAAUGGUAGAAACAUAGAAUAAAAACAGUAGUACAAAGGUAAACAGAAUAAUAAAUAUCUUAUCAAGUAAUUUGAAGAGAAUGAACAUUAUUUGACAAGCAUCUUGUUUACAAAAUAGACUUGGUUUAUCUGUCUGCAAAAAUGUUGUCAACCAGAAAUGUUUUCGACUCUCAAUCUAGGGAGGUUGUGGCUCAGUGGUUAGUGCGCUGAUCUUCGGAUCACGGGGGCACUGGUUCGAAUCCUGCUGCAGUCAACAUUCCACUGUGUCCUUGGACAAGACACUUCACCCUAAAUUGUUCAUGUGGGAAUUGCCCACAGUAUUGAAUGUAUAUAAGUCGCUUUGGACAAAAGCGUCUAACAAGUGACAUGUAAUGUAACCAUGGGUGUUUGUUCACAUUCAAACAAACUGAUAUUUUUUCCCCAAAAAGUUAUUACAUAAAUGGCAAAACAUAUGAUUAUUUUCCAGAUCUUUUUAUCCUACUGCAUUUUUAUGAAUCUAGGUAUUAGAAACUCAAAAGUACAAAUAGCUUGGACAUGGCUCCUGUUUUUCACAAAGGAGACACUUUUCAAUGUUAGUCCCCUUUCGAUUUACAAUGCAAGUCACAUACUCUGGAGCUCCACUUCUGCAGGAACCUCUGCUCUAGAUCAAUGGUUUUAACCAAAUUAUUACCACCAUUCAAAUUGUAAAUAUUUGUAUUUCUGUUAAAAGUGGCAUAACAAUUUAACAUAAUUAAAUAAAUGUGUCUCCCGAUAUGGGACGAAA